AUGAAGCGCUUUAUGGUACUGGCCUUACUGGCGCUCCAAACCUCGAUCUUGGGCGCGCUUGCCCAAUUGGAAUUACCCAGCUCGCCAUGGCUUCCGCCUGAUAGUGCACAGGGCGCCGAAGCAACUUCGGGAGACGACUACCCCAACCCCCAAUGGUCGACAUUGCUCGGAAACCUCUUGUACUUUUACGAAGCUCAACGAAGCGGGGAACUCCCUUCCACGAACAGAGUCUCUUGGAGGAACUCGAGUGCCCUGGACGAUGGAAGAGAGGCUCGUGUGGACUUGACUGGUGGCUACUAUGACGCUGGAGACUUCUCGAAACAAACCUUCCCUCUUAGCUUUUCGUUGAUGUCAAUAUGUUGGGGCGCCACCGACUUUGGCAAGGGCUACGACUUGGCCAACCAAACUGUAUAUCUUGACGACAUGCUUCGAUGGGGUCUGGACUGGUUGAUUAAGGCACAUGCCAAUGAAUCUACAUUAUACGUUCUAGUCGACAACAAGGAUAUUGGCAACACCUACUGGGGUGGUGACCGAAGCAUUCCCUCGCCUCGCCCUGUCUAUCAAAUCAAUGACACCCAUCCCGGAACCGAUGUUGCAGCACAAGCUUCUGCUGCCUUUGCGGCAUGCUCAAACCUCUACGCAGGCCGAGGUCUUGACAACAACACCUUCUCAACGCCUGCCAGCCUCCAGGACACCGACUAUGCCAACACACUUCUCGAUCACGCCGAACAGUUGUACUCAUUCGCUCUCAACGCCACUGGCGGACGCAAAGUCUACCAAAAAUCUGUACCGGAUGCUGCAAAGGCAUAUGAAUCGUCCGGUUUUGGCGAUGAAUUGGCAGCCGCUGCCCUGUUUCUAUCAUGGGCAAACCGAGAUUCCGCCCACUUCGCGGAUGCCGAGGAGUAUUACACUCGCUAUAAACUAGCGGACUACAACCGCGUCUUCAACUGGGACUCCAAAGUCCCUGGCCUGUCCAUCCUGUAUGCACAGAUUGCGAAGAGCUUCCCCAGCACUGGCAGCAACCUAUCAUAUUGGCAAGAGGUCGCAGAGACGUAUUUCGAUAACAUCAUCGACAAGAAGAAGCCAAGCACCAGAACAGCAGGUGGUCUUGUUUGGUGGGACGGCGAUUCCAAUUUUGCGAGCCUGAACCCCGCUUUGAACUUGGCUAUGCUCAUGCGAAGAUAUGCUCCCCUCGCAUCGAAUGAUGAUAAGAAGAAGAAAUAUCUCGAAUUUUCUCAAACGCAAGUGGACUAUGCUCUUGGAAAGAACCCCAUGUCAAUGCCCUACAUCGUCGGAGUAAACCCCAAUUCGCCACAGAACCCUCACUCAGCCAUGGCAAGCGGCGGAAACGACGUCGAGACCAUUGAUACAUACCCUAACAAGACAGCAUAUGUAUUGUAUGGCGCUGUUGUCGGAGGGCCAGAUAUCCGGGACCGCUUCUACGAUAUCAGAAGUGAUUGGCCUCAGACCGAGGUCGCUCUCGAUUACAACGCCCCGUUACUCACUUUGACAGCAAUGCAUGUUGUUGCUGGUACUGAAGAUCCCUUCUACACUUCCCUGAAGGAAGGCGCCUACGAGAAAGUUAAACCUGACGGCUUACCAUGCGACGCUGCUAUCGAAGAAGGGUGCAAAGGUCCAAAGCUCAGCAAGAAGGCACAAAUCGCUAUGGGUGUAACCCUCACCAUUGUGUGUCUGGUGGUCUUUGGCCUCUCAGGCUACUGGAUCUGGCUCGUCCAGAGGAGAAAAAACACCACUAUUUACACCUAUUAA